CUCAAUAUUUAGUGAUAUUUUCUUCUUUUUCUUAGUUUAUAUUGUUCAUAUUAUUGAAGUGUUUUUUAAAUAAAUUCGUGAUGGCACAAACACUUGCUUGUUUAUAUUACUUUCUUAGUGGUGGUGCCAUUGUUAUUGGUGUAUGUAGUAUUAUAGAAAGUGUUUGUGCUAGCUAUUUUAUAUCGCAAUUAUUUGAAUAUUCAUUUCUCACCCCUAGUAAUAUAUGUGGUUCAGCGAUAAUGCUUCUCGUAAUGGGUUUGAUAACGUGUCUAAUAGCUUGGUGCAUUUGGAAAUUCGUAGAUUUUACGAAUAGAAGUCAAGUUAUAAUUUUUUCUAUGGCUCUAAUGAUUGUUAUAAUUAUCAAUAUGAGUGCUGGAAUUUGGGCUCUUGUCAGACAUGAACAAGUAGAUUUAUUAGCAAUUGCACAUCAUAAACAUGUAUUCGAACUCGCUGUAUCAGAAAAUCAUACAGAUUUGGGUCAUAUAAAUUCAGCUCUUUGGGAUCAAAUUCAUUCAGAGUUGCAUUGUUGUGGAAUAAAUGGUCCAACUGAUUAUCUCAGCAAAGAUGCAGUUCCCUGGUCUUGUUGUGUUACAUCGUCACUUACAAAUACUACCAAUAGUAAAGGAAUAUGUAUUACAAUGUAUGCACGCGGUUGUCAAUAUGUUAUAAUAAAUCGUAUUAGAUCAAUUCUUCUUCAUAUUUUCUUGCUUGCAUUAUUUACAGUAUUAUUACAGCUAUUUUUAGAUAUGUUUCAUGUUGUGUAUGUUAUAUUACGAAAGAACAUGUCGAGAAAGGAUGAAAAGAAGAAAGAAAUUGAUAACUCUUGCCCAAUCAUUUGCGCAAGCAUCCAAAGAUUUGGGAACAAAUGACAAUAUUUUAAAUCAACAAUCAAAAUAUUCUAAAAUAUUGAUUACUUAAUAAUCUACUUUCAUUAUAUUUAAAAAAAAUAUAUAUGUAUGUUUUUUUUAUCGUUCAUAUCUGUAUUGCAUUAUACAUCUUUAAUUUAAUUUAAUCCUAGUAUUUUAUAAUGAUAUUUAUCCAUUUCAAAGUUUUGAUUAUAUCGAAUAUGCAUUAAUUUUUCAAUGUUAUAUAAGUAUUAAUAAUAUUAAUAAUAUUAAUAAUAAUAAAAUAUAACUAAUAUCAAAAAUAUUGUGCCAUUUUAAAAAAUAUAUACAAUAUAAUUUUCUUAAAUGAAAAACACUUCAAAAUUAAAUAUAAAUAAUAAAGAAUUGUAUUAAAUUAAAUUGUAUUAAAAAAUUUAUUAAAUAUUAUUAAUUUCUAAUAUGAAAAAACAAACCUUUUAUUAUCAAAUUUAUGUCGUAAGAAUAUAAAUGACGUUUGUCUGACUUAAUAUUUAUUGUAUAUAUUAACAUAAGUAAUAUAAUUAUUAUUAUAUACAAAUUUGUAAAAUUUUCCUACAAUUAAAAUAAAUAUUUAUAUGAUAAUUAUAA